UUCUCCAGAAGACACUCACCCGACUAAAGACAGAAGGAGGAGUGGCUGCCUCUGUCGGAUCGAGACCACCACUUACGGGCCUGUCCGUGCCUCGUUUUGCUCCCUCGAUUUACAGUGGUCUCCACCAGCUCAUCACACUACGCUACACUACCAACAACGAUCCCAGCGACCUCUAGCCGAUCCCAAGUCCAAGUCCAAGGCAGGCAAGAAAGGCCCACUGACUGACUGACGGACGGAGGGAGUGGAACACGGUUGGAACAGGCCACCACUCGCUCGCCAUUCACAUUCAGCCAUCCAUCCAUUGGUUGGGAAGAACGCACGGAACACAUCCAAAGCAGAUUUUCGAGGAAAAGUGUACAUAACCAGGCUAAAAUGGCAUUGAAAAGCCUCGUCGGACAGAAAAUCAUGAAUGAUGUGAUCAUGGCCACGGUCAAGAAUCACAACAAGACCCCGGGCAAGCUCGAGUGGCGGGUCUUGAUCGUCGACAACCAAUCCAUGAAGAUGAUCUCGGCUUGCACCAAGAUGCAGGAGCUUUCCGGCCAAGGCAUCACAAUCGUGGAAACCAUUGACAAGCGUCGAGAGCCCUUGCCUCAUAUGGAGGCCAUCUACCUAAUCACGCCCAGUGAAGCGAGCAUCAAGUGUCUCUUGGCCGAUUUCCAAUCCCAACAUCGGACAACUUAUCGAGCCGCUCACGUUUACUUUACUGAAGCUUGUCCUGAUAGUUUAUUUAAGCGGUUAGCCGGAUCCUCAGCCGCCAAACACCUGCUUACUUUGUCGGAGAUCAACAUGGCGUUCAUUCCAAUAGAAAGUCAGGUGUUUUCGUUGGACCGAAGAGAGGCCUUCAACCUUCUUUACAAUCCCAACAAGGGCAAUCUCCGGAGCCAGGAGCUCGAGAAGAUGGCCGAACAGAUUGCAACCUUGUGUUCGACUUUGGGCGAAUACCCAUCUAUUCGAUAUCGAGCUGAUUAUGAGCGAAAUCUCGAGUUCGCUCAGAUGGUUCAACAAAAAUUGGAUGCUUAUAAGGCCGACGAGCCGACCAUGGGCGAAGGUCCGGAGAAGGCCAAGACCCAGUUGUUGAUCCUGGACCGCGGGUUCGACACAGUGUCGUGUCUUCUCCAUGAGCUCACUUUCCAGGCCAUGACCUAUGACCUCCUCAGCAUAGAAAACGACGUGUACAGGUACGAGGCGUCCGCCAACCAGAUGAAGGAGGUCCUUCUGGACGAGAAAGACGAUCUGUGGAUCGAAAUGCGCCACCAGCAUAUCGCUGUGGUGUCACAAAACGUGACCAAGAAGUUGAAGAAGUUCAACCAGGACAAGAAGAUCCAAUCCGAUGGCAAGAGCAUGAAGGACCUCUCCCAGAUGAUCAAGAAGAUGCCUCAGCAUCAGAAGGAUUUGGCUAAGUUCUCCACUCAUUUGAACCUCGCCGAGGAAUGCAUGAAGUGCUAUCAGGGAUACGUUGACAAACUGUGCAAAGUGGAGCAAGACUUGGCCAUGGGCACGGAUGCCGAAGGAGAGCGAAUUCGAGAUCACAUGCGAAACAUCGUUCCCAUACUCCUAGACCAGAAUGUGUCCAUCAAGGACAAGAUCCGGAUCAUUCUUCUUUACAUUCAAUCCAAAAACGGCAUUUCCGAGGAGAACUUUACCAAACUGAUCCAGCAUGCCCAAAUACCACCCGAGGAUAAGGAUAUGAUCACCAAUUUGGCCCUUCUUGGAUGCAACGUGGUUGUGGAUGGUAAUCGACGUAAGAUCUGGCAGAUUAAGCGAAAGGAGCGCGUGACCGAGCAGACUUAUCAGAUGUCCAGAUGGACACCAAUUGCCAAGGACAUCAUGGAGGAUGCCAUUGAAGACAAAUUGGACAAUUCUCACUUUCCAUUCCUCGGCGGACAGCGACAGGGAUCGAAUCUGAAAACCGCUCCCACAAGACCUCGACGACUAAAAGAUUCCUCUUCGUCAUCGUUAUCGUCGGGAUCGUCAGGUCUCCUGUACCUCGAGGACUCCAUUAAUCAUUCGGGUGCAAAGAGUGUUCGUUAUGGUCAUUGGCAUAAAGACAAGGCCAGUCAAGGUGCCAGUCAGAAGAACCUACCGCGGAUUAUCGUCUUUAUCAUGGGCGGCGUCACAUUUUCUGAGCUUCGAUGCGCAUAUGAAGUCACCAAUGACAAGAAGAAUUGGGAGGUUAUUGUUGGUGGAUCUCACAUCAUCACCCCCACCUCUUUUCUGGAUGAUGUCAAAGCCUUGAGUGGAGAUGGUUCGGCUAUUCCGGAUGCCGAAUAAAUCAAAGGCCAAAGAAGUAGAAGCUGGCGGCACGCCUGAAUUUGAUCUUAAGAGCCUAUGUACUUCAUUGUCUCCUCUUUCGAAUAGGAGCUUUUUUUUCAUUCUCGGGUUGAUUUUUUUCAAUUAUUGUCCUUUUUAUUUCCGCAAUAUGUCUGUUCCGUGUUUUUUUAUUUAUGUCUCCUUUUGUAUCUGUUAGUCACAUUCAAAAAAUAUAUAUUUCAGUUCAA